AUGGGGCCAGGCCUGGGACAGCAGCUUGGCACCUCCAACACAUCCUCCAGGCCUCGCGGUUUGAGGAGGCAGCUCGUCCAAGCAGGUUGCUCACCCAGAUUCUUGCUCCCCAGCAGUGCCCCUGGCUCGCCUUUAUCAUUCUGGACAUCGAGGCUUGCGAGGCAAGGGAGCAGCCUGGGUCGCCCGCGUCCUCGAGGCUCUGCUCCGGGUAUCCGUGCGCCCGACGAGGCCCGCCCGGCCCUUGCCCUGGAGGCCUUCGGGUGCCCGGCCUCGGGCCACGCGAGCCGCCUGUGGGAGCAGCUGCGGCAGUUCUGGGCCCACCAUUUCUCGCGGCGCUUCUCGCCGCGGCGCCCUCCGCUGCGCCGCAUCUCCUCCAUGUCCACCUUCUACCUGCUGGACCACCAGACGCGCCAGGCAGAGCUAGGCCUCAGCUACGGCACGCCGCGCACGCGCCUCAGCGAUGAGGCCUUCGUGUUCCGCGGCGGCCGGUGGACAGCGGAGGGCCAGCCGGUGCGGUCGCGGCCGCAGCUGCCCUCGCCGACCACCUCGGGCUGGAAGGCGCAGGUGCAGCGGAUCAAGAGCCAGGUACUGCUGGAGGAGAACAACUACCUGAAGCUGCAGCAGGAACUGCUCAUGGACAUGCUUACGGAGACCACAGCGCGCAUGCACCUGUUGGAAAAGAAGAUAGACCACGAGGCAAGCACUGCCGCUGCGGCGCGCGCCUGGCAGAGGAAGAUGCGCAAGCGCGAAGGCGCGGGCGGCUUGCUCCUGAUCGAGCCGCGGGCUCCAGAGUCGCGGUGA